GUGGCACUCACUUUGACCCGCCGGCGCCUUCGGCGCUGGGUGGUGCCGUGGCCUGGCUCCGCACAACGUGGCAAGGAGGAGGAGGAGAUGGAGGAGGAGGAGGAGAAGCUGGGGGGGGGGAUGCGGCAACGGGGAGCAGAGCCGGGCCCCGACGCCGCGAGCAAACAUACCGGCGCCAGGCCCCUGAACGGCCUUCCCCCAAGGCAGCGCGUACACUGAAGGUGUAGUCCUCGCUGCCAUUCGAUAUAGAGAGAGGAGUGAGAAAGAGAGAGGGAGAGGGAGAAACGAAGACAUAAAUCAAAAAGAAGGAGAGAGAGAGAGAGAGAGAGAGAGAGAGAAAAAAAAAAAAGAGACUCAGAGAGCUGCCCCUUGGAUGCUGGGAUCGUUCCUCUUGACGCUUCCGAGGCCCAGCGAGGGCUCCCAGAGACCGAAGGCGGCCAAGAGCUUCCCGCCGCGACUUCUGCCAGGUUCUGCCAGGCCGUGCGCACGCCUGCGUGGCCCCCUCUGGCCCCGACCUGCCCGCUGCCCCGGACUGUCGCCGAGGCCGGCUCCCCGGACGCUUCGGCGACACGCAGGAGCGACCCCAGGCAAGAGCGACCUUCGGUGCGGGGCCUUCUUGGAGGACGCCACCGGGCGCGCAAGCAGUCGCUAUCGCAUCGCACGCGGCCCUCGGGGGCGGGGUCUGGGGUUGGAGGUCUGGGGUCGCCGGCUCCGCCUGCCCCGGCAGGGCCCCGCGGGCCCCGGCUCACUUGCUGCAGCAGCCGCAGGCGAGGCCGCCCCCGGGGGCGCGGCGGCCCCGCGGCACCCAAGAGUCCUUGGCCGCGGCGUAGUGCUGCCGGUAGGGGGAGGGGGAACACCGCGUAGAGGUAGAAGAACAUCAAGCACACCAUGGGUCACGAUGAAGAGGAGGAGGCCACGGAUCGUGCUCCACUUCUCGACCUCGUUCCAGUCGAGCGCCUUGAGAACAAAGCGGUUGUUGCUGCAGUCUCUCCCGUCGAACACCCAGUAGAAGAAAGAGAACAGGACGUACGAGAUGGACACUCCGGCAAAGUACACCCCGUGCAGCAGAUGGUGUGGCAUUCUGGAGAUGAACGCGUCCAACAGCAUGAUGAGGAAAUUCGCCCCGUGAGUCAAAUACGUGAGUGUGUCUGGCACCACGAGCUGAUGAGGGAAUAUCAAGCCCCAGUACAGCACACAAACAAACAAGGAGAGCGGCAACGAUAUGUCAGCGAGAACCCAAGCCGUGCCCACGCUCAUGGGCAUGGGCUCGUAGUUGGUGAAGGAUGAGGCACGGUACGCGGCCCACAGGGAUAUCCAGACGUAGUACACCUGAAUCACGAGUGACCAGUGGGUGAGGUAGAUAAGGUACUUGUCGCCGCAACCCAUAGUGACAAAGCGGUCGUACAGGCUCCAGACCGUAAUCCCUGUCACUAUCAACGCCUCGAGCACCUUGAAAGUGAGGUAAGACGCCGAGCUUCUCAGGCAGCGGUUGGUGCCCGGGCCGAAGACGUUGGUCCACUCACCCUCGGUGAACGCCUCUUGGUCGAUACUCUGCCUUUCCCACUCGUCCUGGAAAGCUCCGCACAACGCGCCCAUGGUGGCGACACUGUUAAACCUUGCGCCGCGGGCGAGUUUGAGCCCAAAUUGGGCUU